UUUCUGAAGCUCUGGCGGCUCCGUUUGUUUGUGUUGGCGGUAGAGGCGGUUUGGUGCACAUUGUGUUUAUUUAUUGUAUAAUAAACUGUUUUUAGAGGUUUAAACUGCAGUUUUCUGUAUGAAACAGCUUCAGUAAUAAUGCCUAUUGCGUGCUCGGCGUUGGGGUGCACUAACCGCUUUAUUAAAGGCUCAGAAAUCCGCUUUUACAGAUUCCCCAUCAGCAAGCCUCAGUUAGCGGAGCAAUGGGUCCGAAGCCUAGGUAGAAAAAACUUUGUUCCAACUACAAACUCCUGCCUGUGCUCAGAGCACUUCCAGCCUGACUGUUUCAGAGACUACAACGGGAAACAGUUCCUGAGGGAAGAUGCUGUGCCCACGAUUUUUUUCUCCAAGCCUGGAGGAGAAGGUGCAAAGAUUGAAUUACGGAAGAAUAGAGGAGGAAUGGGGACAAAAGAUGAAUCUAACCGCCCUAGUGUAUUACCUGAUGGAGCAAGGAGACAAACUGCAAGAGAUGCCAGCCAGAAGGUAAAGACUGUAAAUGAUGGCUAUCGAAGACGAGGAGGCGCAAAACUUACCCCCAAUGAAAGACAAGCUCUGGCAACCAAGAGUAAAGUGUACGACGGUCAGGGCCUGCUGAUCUCCUGUGGGCGGGACUUGUGUGACUGCCUGGAUGUGGACUGCAUGGGCUGCUUCUACCCCUGCCCGGACUGCGGCUCGCGGAAGUGCGGCGUGGAGUGCCGCUGCGACAGGAAGUGGCUCUAUGAACAAGUGGAGGUGGAGGGGGGCGAGAUCAUCCGAAACAAAUAUGCAGGCUAGCAUGGGGGGGUGAUAGAGGACAGAUAUUAAGAUUAAGGUAAUUAAGGUAUUGUUCACUUGUUGGGUGCAGGGAAAGGACAGUUUAAAUCAUUGUUUUAUCCAAAAAUGUUAUUUCCACCAUUUUUCCUUUUCAUUAGAAAUAUGGUUGAUCAGUCUUUUGUCAUUGAGCUGCUUUUAGUUCAUACCCGUAUAGUUGUAUUUUUCACAUUUUAAGAGACACUUUAAAGAACUUCUAAUUUAGCAGUUCUCAUCGAUGGGUGGUGGUGGGGGGUAGCUAAUUAAGUUAAGUAAAGCUAAGCUAAGUAAACAAAACUGUAAUAAAAAAAAGACUUUCUUUUAAAGUCAAACGAAUGCUGUGUGUACAUCUACACAGAUUUUUUUCCUGAAAACUGUUUAUUUGGGUGAGUAAAGCGCUUCCAUUAAUGUACAGUAAGCUUAGAUUUCCGAAUUUCUCUGGCUGGAGCUAAGGCUGGAGCGUUAGCAUUAGCAUUAGCAUUAGCGGCUAACUGCUCCAGCAGUGCUAGCCGGGGUUUAGGGGCAGGCUACAGGCCGAUAAUACUCCCCUCUGAACAGGGAAAAAACGGCUAAUGCUAAUGCUACUCCAGUCUCUGUGCUGGAGAACUAAACUGAAACUCCUGUAUAACUUUGUACUUCAGCGAAGUGUCUUUACUUUUUCUUACAACCUGACUGGUAGAAUUCAUACAUAAGGCGUACUGACAAUUUUUGGGAAAAUUAAAGAAAUUUAAGUGCGCCUUAUAGUCCGAAAAAUAUGGUAUAUAUAUGUUUAAACUGUCACAUGCUUACCCCAAACUGAACAGUAUUUGAGUAUUGUGUGUAUACUCAACUUUCAAUUUAUCUAAACUUAAUUCAUACUCCAAAACUAAAACUGGAAUACAACAAGACCUCUCACAAUAGUUAUGUUUUCAGUUGUACAAUAAAUAGACAACAUUAAUAUUUUUUGCUCGUUUUGGUAUUGUCCAUUGUGUUUGCUUGCAUGUUUGCUUAUAUUUACCAACAUUUUAGGCCAUUAUUUAUCAAUAACUGUGCCUCCAUACACUCAGAGAGGACUGUGGCAGAUUAAUUACUGUUGUUAAUUCAAAGUUAAUUGGCAUUUACAAAGGGGUAACUGCAGGUUAUUGCACUUGUUUCUGGGACAAUAUAGAUCACCAAAAACAUACUUUUUUUUUACUUUUGUGCUGAACCGUCAGCUCCAAACCUUACCACUUAAACCUCACCCCUUAAUUACCGUCCGGAACAACCAUGUAUCUGUUUUUUUUUUUCUUAGACAUCCUUUGAAAAAAAAUUACAGGCUGAAUUACUACCUACUGUUAUUUGCUGAACUCGGUGGUCCUCCGGCAAUUUUAUUCCUGUCUGGACGCACAUCUCUGAGUCUUGUCUCCUCACGUUUAAUAAAUUAGCUAUUUGUCCUCUGCUACACACCCUACUUACACUUUAGGUGCGCGUUUCCACGGAGAUCCAUGUAAAAACACAACAGCGAGUGGAAACGGAGGAGCUACUGAACGUGAUGUCAUGUGACAGAGAAAGCCUAAAAAAAAAAAACUCAGUGGUCCUCUUGUUUUUUUUUUCCAGUUCCUGUAGUCCGGAUGCAAGAGUUUUAUCACUGAGUAGAAGUGUAAAAUAGUUUUGACGGAUGUCCCCCUGAAAAACUAAUCCCUUCCAGACAGGGAUUUUACCUCAUUUCGUCAUCUUAUAGCCAUUAUUUCUUAUUAACAGUGCCAAAACAUACCCAACAACUCUCUUUGACUGAUUAUCCUAUUUUCUUUAGUUUUCCCUGCAUUCUUGGUAUGUUUGUUCUACAUCUUUUGUAUUAAAUAUGAUGCGUUUCAGGCUUUAUUCGCUGUUCUGAAGCCCGUAACGCCUCUUCGCUGUUUAUGUUCCGCUGCUGCGCUGCUGUUAAUAGCAUGUAUCCCUUUUUUCCAAUCUGAAUCGUUUGUUCAUUAAAGGUCUUUGUGUUUUGUUACCA